AUGGCUUCCACGUUGCCUUCGCUGCCAGUAAAGCACCACAACUUCGUGCAGUAUAUUCAAUCGCAUCUGGAGACACCAAUUGAGGAUCUGGUCAAGCCCUACAAUGACUUUGAUGCAUCUGCCCGAAAGAUCUUUGCUCAAAAUCCAUCACAUGCUUUGGUGAAGGACAACUAUGCCAACAUCGUUCCCCUUUUCGAUGCCACGACAGGCUCUACAGACAUCCGUGUUCGGGCACGAGAUCUCAAUUCUGAAACCCCUGAGCAGAAGGAGAAGUAUAUCCUACCUAUUCCCAAUGACAAGCGCAGACUAGACGGCUCACAUGCUGUUGUACCAUCGUUGUCUGAGUUCCAGAACAAUUUUGCUCUCUUCACCGAGGGCGCAUUGAGUGAGCUGGACUGGAGUAACGUCGUUGCUGCUGGCAGCGCUGUUGUAACAUCUCUUCUGCCCGUGCCAGAGAAAUAUCGCAAUUCCAAGCGAGGCCUCCGUCAAUUCUACCACGAGGAGUUUGCUCCGGCCUCAGACGUCGACUUGUUCUUGUAUGGCUUGACUGAGGAACAAGCCAUUGAGAAGAUCAAACACAUCGAAGACAAGAUCCGUAAUACGAUCUUGUACGAGACGACGACUAUCCGCACGAAGAACACUAUCACCAUUGCAUCACAAUAUCCUACACGACAUGUGCAAAUUGUUCUUCGUAUCUACAAGUCGGUAGCCGAAAUUCUCACUGGAUUUGAUGUGGACUGUUCCUGUGCGGCCUACGAUGGCCAACAAGUCUAUGCGUCUCCUCGUGCCGUCGCCUCUUAUAUCACGCAGACAAAUCAGAUUGACCUGACCCGCCGCUCUCCAUCUUAUGAGAAUCGCCUUUCCAAGUACUCCCACCGUGGAUUCGAAGUGUUUUGGCCCCCACUUGACCGGUCAAAGGUCGAUCCGACCAUUUUUGAAAGAAGCUUCAUGGGGACUGAGGGUCUAGCACGACUCCUGGUUCUCGAGAAACUCCCCAAGCCGGGAGAUCGAGACACUUAUCUGAGGAAGAGACGCGAAGAGCGCGGGCGUCCUCCUCUCAGCCUCUACCUGCGCCGUCGCCAAGGAAAGGAGUUGCAUGGGAACAUCAAAGAUGACUGGGAAGACGAAGUUCCAGAAUGGCAAGAAGAAGACCAAAUCUCGGACUAUCACACAUUUACAAUUCCCUAUGGCCGAAGAUUCAAUGCAAAAAAGAUUGAGAAGCUGCUGUACACAAAGGAUCUGCUUCUCAAUGCCCAGUGGAAUCAGAAAAAGGACCGCGAGGUUUAUCUUCAUCGCCACCCUGCCUUCUUCGGUGAAGCUGAGCAUGUCAUUGGCGAUUGCUGUGGAUUCUGUCCUCAGCCCGUCACUGACGAAGAGCGAAAGGUGGCAGAGGAAGAGAGCAAGAUUUAUAUCUCUGGCAAGAUCAGCUUUAUCAAGGAUGACCCCGGUCGGCAAGAGAUUGGCAGUUUCAACCCAAUCACCGAGACCGACUGGACAGAAAUGGCGUAUAUUGGUCGCACUGAGUUGCUUUGCCAGGCCAUUGUGUCGCACGACCUGGAGGCCGUGAAGCAAUUUCUUGACCAGGAGGACUCGGAUCCAGACCGCCGAGAUUAUACUGGGCGCACUCCUCUGCAACUGGCCUGCAUGUCUUCGACACCGGAGAUAGUUCAAUGUCUUGUGGACCGUGGUGCGAGGCUCAUCGCUCGGAUGGCCGAUGGACAGACGGCGUUGCACCUGGCUGCCGCUCGUGGUGCUACUGAAAUUGUUAGCAUUCUGCUGAAGAAGAGUAAUGAGAACGAGGAAGCAGAAAAUCAGAAAAAGGACGACCAGAAGACCACGCCAAUGGACAUUGAUAGCCCGGAAGAUGAGGAUGAAGACGACAAGGAUGAUGCUUCACGUACAUCUGCUUCGUACGUUAAGGUGGACAAAGAGGGCGGUGACGAAAUGUCGCCCACCUUCGACACUAUUGAAGAGAACGACCAGGAUCCAGAUAUAUACGACAUUAACGUCACUGCAUGGGACAAUCUCGCAUCGCCACUGCAUCUUGCAAUUAUUCAUGGCCACGUGGAAACCGUCAAGGAGCUCGUUACUUCCUUUGGAGCCGAUGUGUUGAUGCCGAUCAAGAUUACGGAUGACUACAGCAAGCGACCCAAAGCUGCAAUCUUGACGCUGGUGUUGGUGCUCGCUCUGCCCUUGGAUAAAGCGAGAGAAAUGUCUCAAACUCUCUUGAAGCUUGGCGCUUCUCCUGCCCAGGGCGAUACUUCUCAUUACACCGCUCUUCACUAUAUCGCACAAUCCGACUACAGCGAGCUUCUCGACGUCUAUCAAGAGCACGAUGGGCCAGCCAUGCAACGGGCCAUCAAUCACAUGGUAGUCCAAGGAUACUGGUAUAGCGCAAGCUUCUCUUUCACCUCCGCUUUGGUGAAUGCGUUGUGUGCCAAGAACUCUGCCGGGGCAAAGAAGCUGCUCGAUAUAGGUGCAACGCCUACCAUUGAGCUAGCUGAUUGCUUGAAAGCCCUGAAGUCACAGAUGCCUGAUGCAAUGCGUCAUGGCGCAGAUCAAAAGCUUGCGGACAAGACUCCGAAGCAGCCCCUCAUUUUCGCUAUUGAAAACGAUCUACCGUUGAUGGCUAUUGGCCUCCUGAAACGUGGUGCUGACCCGAACAUCGAACAUGAACGGAGACGCGACUUUUGUGAAACGGCGCUUGACUGCACGAGGCGGUGCAUGAAAGAGUUGGAGAAGUCGCUGAAGAAUGAAAAUCCCACACCCCGCCAGUACGGGAUCCCUGAUCCCGUCAUUUUCGAGCAGGAAGAGGGCUCUUAUCUGGCUGACUUCCAAGAGGGGACGUACAAGAUGUUUGCAGCAAAAGGCCUGCUGAAGAAGGCGAAAGAAGAUAACAAGGUGGCUGAAGAGUACGAAGAGCGCCUGAAGAAAGAGGCAUCUGAAGAGAAGCCCGGUGAGGCUGAGAACCGGGAGGCUGUCACAGAGCUGAUCAAAAAGUAUGAGCUGCUUAUAGCAGACUUGUUGUCAAGAGAUGCAAAGACUUGGCAGGAGCUUCACCCAGGAGAAAAACAGGAUCCUGGAUUCCGCCAGAACAGAAGAAACCAGCAGAAGCCGAAACCAAAGAAGACAUUCAAGAUUGAAUUCUUCAAUUCAGCUGCAAGUCUUUCUGAUGUCGCACGUGGAGGAUACGAAAAGCUGUUUGAAGCUGCAUGGAAUGGCAAUCUCGACACUAUAAAGUCUCUCACCCUUUGUAUGUGGGGACCGGCCAAGGAUCAACUACCCCUGCGGAUGUCCCAAGUCGAUGCCUCGGGGCUGACCUGUCUGCACAUCUUAAUUUUGCGGGGUCAUCUUCGUGUUGCCAAGGCCAUAUUGCAGAUUCUCCGGGUCCAGUACAAGGUUAAGGAGCCAAAAGCUCGGCGACACUUUGAGAUGGAUCUCGACUCAGAUGGUGAAUCCGAUGACGAGGGUCUCAAUAUUGUCGGCCAUAUUGUGGACGAGCAGUUCACCUACGAGAACGUUGGAGAAGUGGCUAGUCAAGUCGAGAGCGAAGUCUCGCCGCGCAACGCACUGGAGCGAGCAUUACCGCUUUCUCUUUUCUUGGACGAAGCACUUCCCAAAGAAGACACCUUCCGAUAUGUGGGGAUGAAUCAUUGGAGCGCCGCCUCUUUCUUGAAAAUAAACACCCUUUUCAAAUAUGCCAUCUUCAAGAACGAUCUCCCUCUGUUGGAAUGGCUCUUGAAGGCUGGAAAUGAGUGCGCAAGAACUGAUCCCUCAGACAAGACGGCAUUCACCCUGGGCCAGCAGGAGCUCCAGCUUGCGAUGAUUCUGGGCCAUACUGAAUGUCUCGGCAUGCUCAUCCAAAGCACCGCCGUCGGCCUUCCUUUGCUCAAGAUGAGCAAAGAUUCUGGGAUUGCCGCCAAAGAAGAGCCCCAAUAUUAUCAGGGCUUGUCUAUCCGCGGUCAGAAGCGCAAAGAUUGGGCAGAUGCUGGGCGGCCAGAUAACAACAACUUCGCUCAAGGCAGUGAUACCGGCCGUCCACCUGUUCUUAUUUCUGCCUUGCAGGGCAACAUGGCCAGCACUGAGUGGCUUCUCGGCACUGCACCCAGCCGUUACUACUUGGAGUAUGUUAAUGCUCACCUGGACGACGAGAACGUCCAGAGACUGUCACAGUCUAAGCUUGGCCUCGAGGCAUCUGUGUUGAACUGGCUACAAACCCGAAACAACCUCGUGCUUCAUUGCGCCGUAAUGUCUCGCCCUUGUGAGGAAUCAGAGCGACUGGUUCAGUAUUUGGCAGAUCAUCACCCCGAGUGCCUCGAAGUGAAGUCAUCCGAGGGACACACUCCUCUCGCGCUGGCAAUCUCCUAUCACCGAUUGAGCUUCGCGCGCAUCUUGAUUAAAGCCGGAGCCAACCAGGCCGCUCGCGAUACCGAAGGAUGCAAUCUUCUGCACUUGGUGUUAUGUUCCCUGUCUGGCAGCACUGCCAGACACGCGGACAAAAUCUCUCAAUUGAUUGACCUGAUGGACAAGGAUCACGUCUCGAACAUGCUUACUCAACGUGCCGGUGAAGGAUCACGAACACCGUUUGCACGCUGGUUGCACAAGUACCCCAACUUCGACUUCUCCGUCGAAAUUCAGCCCAAGGUCCCCAAUCUGCCCUCGGACCAGGAAUCCAUCAGCUCAAUCACUAAGCUGUUCCUAACCCUGGGAACAUCCACCAACCACAAGUUCCUGGAACUACUAGACGGCGCCGGAAAUACCCCUGUGCAUGAGUGUGUCAAGCGGGGCUUCUCUCAAGUCCUGGAACCGAUUCUCGACCACCGCCCUGAUCUUCUCUACCGAGAGAAUGCCACGGGCAGCACGCCUCUUGAGAUGGCAGUAGACGCAUGGGUGAACGAGACAACCCGCACCGUCCCGAAGGUUGCGGUUUCAACAGAUCGCUGGCCCCAGUGGCAAAAUCUUACUAACCGUCGAACGGAGUGGUUCAUCAAGAACAAGGACUGGAGGACCAGAGCACAGAUGAUGGUUGAGGUUUGUCAGAAGCGGGCGCAGCAGAGUUUGCAGAAGAGAAAACUCGUGUCUCUCUUUGAAGCGAAUGAAGUUGCUAAACGGUUGGCUGCGAAGGGGAAGUCUGGUGGGGACGAUGAAGAUAACCGGUAUGAUCGGAAUGGACGUCGGAGAGACCGACGGGAAGAGGAGGCGAAUGAGAAGUUGGAUGAGGUUGCUUUGUGGGGAGGCUGGGCCUCGCAGUGGAAGUGA